CAGAACGAUCAGUACAUCCCGAUUUUAAAAGGAUAUCCAACAAGAUGAUCCUGACUCUUCACAAAGUGUUCGAUCUACUCGAAUUAGCGGGAAAAGUGACGUGUACCUGGCCGGAAGAUUCGAGCACCAGCAAGUGGACAAAUGUUUUUCGUAAUAUUCGUUGGAUCUUUGCGUUGAUCAGUAUGAUCGUCUUAUUGAUAUCCUUGGCGUUUGGAGUCUAUGACCAUCGAAGCAACUUUCUUCUCCUGAUGAAAACCAUGUCCGAGAUGAGUGGAACCUCGGACGUGAUUUUUGAUCUGAUCCUCUGCAAAAUGAACAGCACCAAACUGCAGAUUUUGAUUCAAAGAAUCAGGAAACAUUUGGAGACGACAAGCGAGUACGAAAAUCAUGUUAUACAAGGAUACCUGGAUCGUUACAAAGAAUUUUACUCAGUGAUCGUAGUAGCUUACAUUGCAACUGGAAUUUUCUUCACAUUGGCGCCAUUAUUUUUGAGCCAAAAUCUACCAGCGGAUGGUUGGCUUCCAUUCUCCACCGAGUCCUUUGGAAUAUAUUGCAUAGUUUACAUCUUAGAAGUCUAUUGCGUCUGGCAGGCAGCACUGAUCUUCGUAAUCAACAUCACGAUCGUUAUCCUUUUCUGUUUCACCGCUGCCAGACUGGACAUAUUAGGCACGAAGUUGAAAGAGGUAACCUGCCGCGAGCUGCUGGUAAGCUGUGUGAAAGAACAUCAAGAGAUAAUAGAGUAA